AUGGAUUGGAUAGGAUUGUAUGGAGCUUUUCUUCUUCUACUACUACUCUUCAACAUUGGAGCAUCACAAGCGAUAAUCAAGACUCUUCCGGGUUAUUCUGGUACUCUUCCGUUCAAACUCGAAACGGGAUACAUUGACGUGGGAGAGAAUAAUGGAGUACAACUAUUCUACUAUUUUAUUGAAUCGGAGAACAGUCCUAAAAAAGAUCCUCUUUUGCUUUGGAUAAGUGGUGGACCUGGUUGCUCUGGUUUAUUUGGCAUCGUUUAUGAUAUUGGUCCAUAUACUUUUGAUAUUGAAAAUUUUGAUGGAAGCUUACCAUCUAUUCUCCUAAAUCCAUAUUCUUGGACCAAGGUUGCCAAUAUUAUAUUCAUAGAUGCGCCUAUUGGUACCGGAUUUUCAUAUGCAAACACUUCACAAGGUUAUUCUUCCUCGGACAUCAAAUCAACAAAAGAUAUUUACACAUUUCUUAGGAAGUGGUUAUUGAAUCAUCCUACGUUUAUCAAAAAUCGUCUAUAUGUUGCGGGUGAAUCCUAUGGAGGCAAACUUACUCCAAUGGUUUCCGUGGAAAUACUACGAGGAAAUGAAGCACGACUUCAACCACAAAUGUCAUUCCAAGGAUACAUUAUUGGCAACGGACUAACGGAUCCAAAUAUUGAUUUUAAUGCACGAAUUCCAUAUGCUCAUCGCUGGGCAAGAAAACCAUAUGAUUUUGGAUGGGAUCAAACAUUUCGGGGAGACCAUUCAAUUGACCAUCUUGUCCUCCCAAAUGCAGAACAAGAGUGUCAAAAUAUUUUUGCAAUAUCUGAUUAUUGGGCAAAUGAUCCGAUUGUUCAAGAAGCUCUUAAUAUUAGAAAAGGAACGAUAACAAAGUGGAGAACAUGCUAUGAUGGAAUAUCCUUUGAACCAAAUGUAGAAAGUGCUCUUGAAUAUCAUAAAAUUUUGAUCAAGAAAGGAUACAAUGUUUUGGUAUACAAGUAA